AAUUGUUGUGAUAAACUUAUUAAAUAGGUAGUUCUGAUAGGUGAAUUAAUGAGAUAGACCUUCACGGCCCUUAGUACUGAUGUCGUCAGCUUCGAAGCAGGAAAUGCCUCCGGUUGGCGGCUACCCGGUGUUCCGCUGGUCUCGCAACCUGGGCAAGUGGGCCAAAGCAGGGUGGGGCUGGAAGGCGCUGGCAGUGACGGUGGGGUUGACUGCCUGGGGCAACUACCAUCUAAUGAGACAGUUCCAGAUGUACAAGGAGUAUCAGCGGGAGGAAUUCGAAGUUCAUCAUGCGGUUCACGCGCUGCUCAUGGCCGAGAACGGCAGACGACAACUGAGGGACAUGCGAGAGGCGAGAGAAGUGGAGGCUGACUUGAUGAAAGACGACCCCAGCUGGGUGGUGGGGGAGUCGCACUACUUCAGCCGAAGGUGGCCCCACAACCUCAUGGGGGCAGUGAACACGCAAGAAGUGAGACCAUUCGAGUCGCGAGGCUCAUUGGCCAAUGAAGUCAAAUCGUACAUCUUCAAUGUGUAGAAGUUGCGAGUCAUUGAAUAAUGUUUAAACUGAGUCUGUUUUUAAGCACUUGAUAACGAAAUGCAUUGUCAUAAUUAGAUUUGUACAAAUAAAAGUUUACAGGAA